AUGGAAGGAAAGCAGAGAUUGGUGAAAGGGGAAGAACUGAGGCAAGGAAAGGCGAAAGGCGUGCGCCUGCACCCUUUCCAUGUCAUCCGCAUCAAUAAGAUGCUGUCAUGUGCUGGGGCCGAUAGGCUCCAGACUGGCAUGCGGGGGGCCUUUGGGAAGCCCCAGGGCACCGUAGCCCAUGUUCACAUUGGCCAGGUCAUCAUGUCCAUUCGAACCAAGGUCCAGAACAAAGAGCAUGUGAUCGAAGCUCUGCGGAGGGCUAAGUUCAAGUUCCCUGGCCGCCAAAAGAUCCACAUCUCCAAGAAAUGGGGCUUCACCAAGUUCAAUGCCGAUCAGUUUGAGGAUAUGAUCUCCGAGAAGCGGCUCAUUCCCAAUGGCUGCGGGGUCAAAUACAUCCCUAACCGAGGCCCCUUGGACAAGUGGCGAGCCUUCCACUCCUGAGGGCUGGCCUGUGGCCACCAUCUGUA